CAAAGAUGGCAGUGGCUCUUCGCUCUUUGUUCCUCCUUUGCGGGUUGACCGGACUGUUGACAGGAGUCGGGUCCUUCCCUUCAAAAAUGUUCAAAGACAUGAGCUGUCCUGAAGGAUGGACACAGCUGGACUGCAAGUGUUACAUCUACCAAAGUGAAGCGAGGGACUUUGCAGAUGCAGAGGCUGUUUGCCAAAUUCUAGGUGGAAAUAUGGUGUCCAUUACCAGUGACUUGGAGAAUGCGGUUGUGCAAGAGCUGAGUGAUGCGGAUACAUCAGUCUGGAUUGGACUUUAUGAUAACAUUGAGGACGGAACCUACUUUUGGACCGAUGGUACAAACAAUGAUUACGAUAACUUUGGUGAUUCGCAACCUGACAGUACAAGUGGUAAUUGUGUAGAGAUGGAAACAGAAUCUGGAACAUGGCUAACUGAGGAUUGCACUAACGAAUAUCCCUAUGUUUGCAUUAAGGAUGCUGGCCACUAGGUCAUUCUCCUUAGAAUCCUGUCUUCUGUCACAAUUGAGUUCCGUGAUCAUGACGACUCAAUGGCGCGAUAUCGACCUUUAGUGGUGUCCUUGUGCUUUAGGGUUCAAUAUAAUCUCUCCUUUUCUUCCACGAAUCUCAAUUGUAAUUGAGAAGAGUAAUAAUGUGUCACCAAAGAGCAAUUUUCUAUUAAAAAAGGGAUCUG